GUAGCUUCCCACUUACUGAAAGAUGUCAGCAAUUGGAGUAGUGUCAUCUUGUUCCUGUCUCCGUCCUGGUGUAUGGCUGCUGAAACCAGGAAUGCAGAAGAUGAGCUCCUUUGGCUUACAUACAGCAGCCAGGUGUGCUGCCAAGGAUUAUUAUGAAGUACUUGUGUUGGGUGGAGGCACUGGUGGAAUCACCAUGAGUGCUCGCAUGAAGAGGAAAGUGGGAGCAGGAAAUGUGGCUGUUGUUGAGCCAAGUAAGACUCAUUACUAUCAGCCUCUGUGGACGCUGGUUGGCGGUGGGGCAAAGCAACUGGCAACUUCUGCGCGUCCAACAGGAAGCGUAAUGCCUGAAGGUGUUGAGUGGAUCAAAUCUCGAGUAACAGCAUUGGAUCCAGAUAAGAACUACGUCUGGCUGGAGAAUGAUAGCAAGAUAUCUUACAAGUAUCUGAUAAUUGCCCUUGGGAUUAGUCUACAUUAUGAAAAGAUCAAGGGCUUGCCUGAGGGUUUUCAUCACCCUAAAAUAGGUUCCAAUUAUUCAGUUCAUACGGUAGAGAAAACGUGGAAAGCUUUACAAGAUUUCAAGGAAGGAAAUGCUAUCUUCACUUUUCCAAAUACUCCAGUGAAGUGUGCAGGGGCUCCUCAGAAGAUCAUGUAUUUAUCAGAGGCCUACUGGAGGAAAACAGGAAAACGUUCCAAAGCAAACAUAAUGUUCAACACUUCACUUGGUGUCAUUUUUGGUGUUAAGAAGUAUGCUGAUGCAUUGCUUGAAAUAAUAAAGGAGAGGAAUAUUGCUGUUAACUAUAAGCGCAACCUUGUAGAAGUUCGAGCAGACAAGCAGGAAGCUGUGUUUGAAAACUUGGACAAACCCGGAGUGACUGAAGUUCACCAGUAUGAGAUGCUUCAUGUCACACCCCCAAUGGGGCCACCUGAUGUACUCAUCAACAGUCCUGUCUCAGAUGAAAUUGGCUGGGUGGAUGUAGAUAAGGAAACUCUACAACACAAAAAGUAUCCUAAUGUAUUUGGUAUUGGAGACUGCACCAACCUUCCAACAUCGAAAACUGCUGCAGCUGUAGCUGCCCAGUCUGGAGUGCUUGAUAAAACUAUUUCCCUAGUAAUGAAGAACCAGUUGCCAACUAAAAAGUAUGAUGGAUAUACUUCCUGCCCACUAGUAACAGGCUACAACAAGGUGAUUCUAGCAGAAUUUGACUACCAUGCUCAGCCUUUGGAGACCUUUCCCAUUGACCAGAGUAAGGAGAGAGUAACCAUGUACCAUAUGAAGGCUGAUAUGAUGCCGUUUCUCUAUUGGAAUGGACUACUUAAGGGAUACUGGGGAGGACCAGCUCCUGUCAGGAAGCUAAUGCAUCUGGGCUUGAAGUAACUGCUGGUUCUCAGCGUUGGUCAAACCCUUUUGAAGAAAAAGGACUGGUCUCAUAAUAGAUCAAUACAUAUCUUCCCUCUUGGACCACCUAGGAGACUUUUUUUUUUAAUAAUAAAGCUUUUGUCCUAAAUUCACUUUUCCCCCCUACUAGGGAUUAA